AUCCACACAUCUACACCCUGCAACCAUCACGCCCUGAAUCUACCAUCUCCGUGCCAUUCUAUGAGUCUAGAACCAUCUAUACUGGAGAUUUUCUCCUAUCUCAGACCAGCAUGGCGCCUCGCUCAGCCGAGGAGCUUCGGUCAAUGGGGCAAAUGAACCCCCGCCUCAGCGAGAUGCUGGAGACACAUCCUCUCCCAAAGCCUCCUUUCGUGGCAGACUUUGUUGCCCUGCGCGAGCAUCGGGCUGCCAUGCUACGCGAGAAGCAUCACCUCCGUUACCUCCCGGGACCGAUCAAAGAGGUCACAGAACUUGACCACAGAAUCAAAGUCAGGGAUGGAUCAGAGAUCACGAUCCGUAUUUACCGGCCUGAGGAGUCUUCCGUCCCCAAUCACGGAAGUCCGUUGGUUGUAAUGUAUCACGAGGGUGGCUGGUCGAUGGGCGACUUGACGGAUGAGGAGACGAACUGUAGACUAUUUAGCCGUGACCUGGGGGCUAUCUGCGUCAACGUGGAAUACAGGCUGGGCCCAGAGCACAAAUUCCCAACUGGCAUCAACGAUUGUUGGGACGCACUGAAAUGGGCUGCUGACAACGCUUCUUCGCUGGGUGCCACACCCCAGGUCGGAUUUGUGAUUGGCGGUGGCAGCGCUGGCGGGAACAUCGCAGCUGUCCUGGCACACCUAGCUAGGGACGAGAAGUUGAACCCACCACUCACCGGGCAGUACCUUUGUGUGCCCGCUAUCACGUGCUUUAUGCCACCUGAAGAGAUGCCCGAGCAGUAUCGUGCUGAGUACCUGAGCCACCCGUCCAUCACGCCCUCCAUCGACCCGGUAUUGCAGGCAGACAGCCAUGAUCCGCGGGGACUAGUCCGCGUGGUGGGCGCGGAUGUUAACCAACCCCUUUUUGUCCCAUUUCUGUACCGGAACAGACCUGGCGGACAUCGAGGCUUGCCUCCGGCCUAUUUCCAAGUCUGCGGGCUCGACCCACUCCGGGAUGAGGCACUGAUUUACGAACGGGUCCUCAGGGAGGAGGCAGGGAUCGAGACAAAGCUGGAUCUUUAUCCUGGCCUUGGACACUACUUCUGGACUAACUUCCCGCUGCUAGAUGCAAGCACGCAGUUCGUGCAGGAUACUGUGAAAGGGGUGAGGUGGCUCUUAGAACGCUCCUCAAAGAAAUCUUAACGGUAAUAACUGAAAAUUACUAGCUAGUAUUAGCUACAAUAGGAGCGUAACUACUAAGUCC